UUCAUGUGAUCAAAACACAGACAUGGCGGCCUCCGCUGCGGUUCGCUCCAGCAUGGGGCUGACUUUGAGACUUUCCCGAGUUCGACCAGACUCUAUGACACGUCCCCUGUCCAGGCUGAACACCCACAUCGCUUAUUUGCAAAGGAAACACUCUGCAGGCAGUUUCCGAACCGCCCAUCGAUACUUACAGACGAGUAUAGGUUUGUACCACAACGAGGAGACCAGCGCCGUUGAAGACAUCUCAGAAGAUGUGGUAAAUGUGGUGUACAUAGACCGGUCUGGCCAGAGGAUCCCAGUUAAAGCCAAAGUGGGAGACAAUGUUUUGUACUUGGCUCACAAGAUUGGAAUUGAGCUAGAAGGUGCAUGUGAGGCAUCCCUGGCCUGUUCGACAUGCCAUGUGUAUGUAAGCAGUGACCAUUUGGACACACUACCUGAACCUCUCGAGGGGGAGGAUGACAUGCUGGACAUGGCCCCCAUGCUCCAGGAGAACUCCCGGCUGGGAUGUCAGAUCAUUCUCACUCCGGAGCUGGAGGGUAUGGAGAUAACUUUACCCAAAGUCACUAGGAACUUCUACGUGGACGGCCAUGUUCCCAAACCUCACUGAGAGGAUGCACUACAGGCGGGAUGACGCCGUGCACAAGGGAGAAAAAGCAGGGCUUGUGGGAAGUCCGUGGCAACUCACCCUGAUGAAAUUGACUGACACAUUCACAGAGGUGGGAGAGUAGGACUCUCCCAGAACGGAACCAAACCAUUGGUGAUGUCUAAAACAUGCUUAUUUAUUUAUGUGGAAGCUUUUCGGGCAAGUACAGUGGCACAAAGUGUUCUUUGCUAAAAAAACAAACAAAAGAAAACACUUAAACAGUCAAGGUUUGAGACAUUUUAGACAAAGUCCAUUUUGUUUACAAGGGGAGUACGAGGACCACACUGAACAGGGAAAUAAAAUAUUACAAAACAGGGGAAAAGAAGUAGUAAAGUUAUAAGAGAAUGAAGCAAUAUUGGAAAGAUUCAAGCCAAAAUACAGUGGAGCCCAAAUCUUUGCGCAUAUUAUGUUCCAAGAACCCAAAUGUGAAUUAUCAACGCACCCACAAAAAGUCAUAAUAAUAUAUCUUAUACUUCUAAACCAGGGCUAUCCAUCUGGUGCAGUUCAAUUCAAAACUUAAGAGACAAACAUUUUUGCAGCACAUUUCUAAAAAAAACACUCGAGUGCUCAUGUCACAUUGAGGAACUUAGACCACGGUAACCGCAGUGUUAGAUACUUGCAUUGACAUUUUAACCUUGCUAGCAAACAUUAAACACUGAGGUCCAAACUCGUGCUUGACACAACUGAGGUGUUCCUCAAGGCACCCCUUUAGGUCCUCUCCAAUUUGGCAUUUUUUCGUAACUUAGGUGUUGCUAUAGCUCGUUUACGUCAAAUGCUGUCAGUAGUCAUUUGUUAACCUUCUUCAGUUAUACCUGUGGUGUUCCUCAAGGUUCCAAUUUAGGUCCUCUCUUUUUCAUAAUUUGGGCUCUUCAGCGGGUGGCACACAAGUUCAAUUAAAAAAAAACUUGUGGGGACUCACAUUUUUGCAGCAGAUUCUUAAAAACACUGGAGUGCUGUCAUAGAGAUGAUCUUUGACUAGCUUUUUUGCAGGAGGUCCUUACAAACAGCAAAGCGCUCCUGUAACUGACAAAACAAAUACCCCAAAAUCAGAUAUCCACUGGUUCUCCGGAAUAUAAAAAAAUAGGACUAAUACUGAAGUCCUGGAAAUGUGGCCCCCAUAACAUUUCAUCAGAUUACCACGAAAAUUCACUAUCCUCGUUUUAAACCCUAAAAUAUGCCUCUCACAAGUAUUCAACACAUUUUAAAUUCAGUUUUACACAUUAAGAAACAGUUACAGGUAUUGUAGCGUACUGUACUGAUCUACCUACUCUAUUAUGAGACAAAGCGUUAUGUAAAUUUCAGAGAGCAAAUUUUAAAAUGUUUAGACAUUUAGAUUUUGAGGAAAGUGAUGGAUCUUUACAACUUUACAAAGUGUAUUAUUUCUUGAUUCAUCAUUAUGUUAUUUUCUCUUACCCAUAAAAUAUAGUCCAAAAAGUUAAGAUCACUUGUUAUAAUCAUGAAAUUAUUUUUAAGUAUAAAAACUGUUUUGCUUCUCAAACUUAUACUAGUUUUGCGAUAAUAUGGCCAUAUAGUCUUGGAAUAUUACCACUUUUUUCUUUAUUAUAACACCAUUUUUGGGGGGGGAGACAAUGACACAUAUUUUUUGUAAUAUUACAACUUCAUUCUACUUGUAAUUCUAUCACUUUUCAAAAUUUUCAGCGAGGCCCUCUAAUACUCCUUUGUGUGCUAGAUGGAACAUUCCAGGUUACAGCUGACAAACGCACAACUACCGCCACAUCUAGCUCUUUGUCAUUUCACUUUGAUUACCUUUAUCUUGGCUAUUUACGCACACAUAUUAUGUAAUAUUACGCCAUAUUGUGUAUUUGAAGGGUUUGUGGCUGAUCUUUAAUGGACUCCAACUUCCGACUCGCUAUGAACAUUUCAAAACUUCCUACUGAAGGUUUAACAUCAAAGCAGUUUUCUAAUGAAGGUUUUUUUUAUUAUAAUCCGGUUCCAACCAGCUUUAUGUCAGCAUUGCUGCAUCGAACCCAUCAAUUUGUUUAUUUUACUGUACUGGUUCAACUUGUGCACACAUGUAAGUCACUUAUAUAUGUCAUAUUGUGUCCUUAAAAUCAAAAGUAUUUGAAAUUGUGCAAUAAAGUACAUUUUAAAGCUGA